AAACAAUURCUUCUCCCUCAGUCAUCAAGAUCAACUCUUCUGUACUUAUCAUCAGUGAAUAUCUUGGCGCACUUUCCUAACGCCGAUUAACUUUCACGAAUCAAAUGGACAUUGCAUUGACUGAAGCGAUGAAAAAUAUAGUUCCUAAAGGACUUCCGACCGACAUUAACUCAGCGUUUAGCGGCUAUGUGACAGAGAAACUGUACAUGUUGCUCCAACUGUACCUGCAAAAUAAAGGAUGGAACAGCAUAGAGUUGUUGAAAAUAUUCUCUGAAAUGAAAGAUUCAUCUGUACUACCUAGCGCUUCCUACUUGCAAAUGAUGGCUUCAAGAGUUUCAUUAGAUAGCCAAGCAAGAUUAAUCCUUCGAGAGAAUGGUAAAAUUAUUUUACCUUAUGAACAUUUUGCUAAUGCGGUAAUGUUAAAGCAUAUGAAUGGCCCUCAUGGAUUACAUUUGGGUGUUGAAGGAACUGUUCGAGCGGUUAUGGAUUCAUAUACAAUUGGUCGUGAAAACUUUGGUAUGGAAAAAGAGUUUAUCAUUGAAGUUGUACAAAACUGUCCAAACCCAGCAUGUCGCUAUUACAAGACUCAAUUAGAUUUAUCUCAACAUACUAAAAAAUCAAAUUACAUGAACUCUUCGAAUUCUGGUAUAAAUAUUCCAGUUGGUCGUGAAAGUCCUAAUAUAUCAAUGAGUCAAAUGAUUAGUCAGCAAUUAAGUGCUCAUGGUUUGGCACCUUCUAGUACACAGCCCCAACAACCACAUUCAGCGCCCGUCGAUCUUACUGGACCAUCUCCUCAUCCAGCCCCUGAAAUACCAAAUCCAAUGCCUAUACAAGUACCACAGGUUCCAAAAACUGUAAGUGCACGACAAGCACAGCACAAUAAGUUGGCAGAUUUUUUAAAGGCAAAUCUUGAAAAUCUAGACAAUAAAGAUCUAAUGGCUGCUCAUGACACAACUUGGCCUGAAGUUUCAGACAACCGUAAAGGUCAUUUAGAUGCUGGACAAGAAAAAAUUAUCAGAGCAUUUUCAGAAAUAAUGAAAAAUAUGAAUAGAAUGAAAGCAUGCGUGAGACCAGCUAUGUGUAAACCUUAUGGAAAACAAUCAGAAUCAUUACAAAAAACAUUGAUUGAUACAAUUCAGUUAGUUCAGUCAUUAAGAUCAUUUCUUCCUCCACCACAUAUUGCUGUCAGUAGCUGGAAAAAUGAAGAUAAACAUGGAUUAAGAAAAACUGUCUUGGACAAUUCUAAUCAAACCGUUUCGGCUGCCAAUUUUAAAGAUCUCUGUGAUGCAAUGUCUCGUAACAAGCAAAAUUAAGAGCUUGUAUUCAACUUGCAAAAGUAAAACAUUUUUCAACUAUUUUUAUCAACUUUCAAAAAUCACGUUGCUUUUAUUUUAUUUUUACGUCUAGUCAAAAUUCCCUAUUUUUCCCAAAAUGAAUGGGGAUAUCUGUUUGUUUACUUGGAGGGAUCUUACCAUUUUAUUUAAAUUAAAUUUUAUUAAAGUCUCUUUAUGAGUGUCUUCUAGUUUGAGGUUUUUACCUAUAUUUAUUUAUUUUAAAUUUAACAUCUUGUUGAAUUAUUAUUAUAAUUCAACAAAUUACAUUUUUUUUUUUUUUUUUGUAUACAUGUUGUCAGCAUGAUAUCAAAAUGUAUGUUGCCAAAUGUUUAUAUUAUUAUGUUUAGUUUCAAAAAAUUACAUGCCAUAAUAGUAACCUAAGAAUGCAUUAAGUAAAAGCUUAUUUUAAUAAUACAGUGAAACUUCUACAUAACAAAUUCAAAUGAAAUACAAAAAAAAAAAAUUAAUACCUUUAGAGAAAUUUUUUAAAUAUAAUUUAUGCAUGAUUAAUAAUGAAAAUCACGAUUCUCAAAAAUAAUUCGGAAAAUGUCAUUAAUUGGAAGUUUCACUGUAAUACAUUGACUGUUUAAUGUUUAUGUUGUAAUGAUAUUUUAUUAAUUUAUUUUAGUUGCCAAUUAAUUUAACCUGUAAGCACUUCCACAUUCAUUUAUUAUUUCCCAAUAUUCUUUAAUAUUAUUAUAUUGCUUUUAAUUUAAUUAGGUAGCAAUUUAGUAAUUUACAUUAACAAUAGCUGUUGAUAUAUAUAUAUUCUUGUUUUAAGCAUUUAAUAGACACUAAUUUGCUUCAUACAAUUUAUAUUAUAAKUCAAGUAUCAGUAGAAUGUUUUAUUUCAUAUGAAUUUCUUAUGGAGAAAUAUCACAUAAGUGUUUACUGGUUAAAACUAUAAAAUAUAUUGAGUACAUUUGACUCUCAGUAACUUAAACUUAAUCCUUAUAGGAAAAGAAACCAAUUUAAGAUAUCAAUAAUCUCUUAUGAUAAAUGCUUAAGUUACUGAGAAUCGACUGUAUUAUUAUUUUAUUUAAAGAGUGCACUGAUCUAAAAUUAUUAUAUAAAUUUUUUUUGGUUAGUUUGGUUAGGUUUUUGUUAUCUAUUUUAUUAGUACAGUUAAAUUUAUUCUCAGAAUAAUUGUCAUAAAAUGUUUACUUAGUUCAACAAAUGAAGUGAGUUAUUUGAUUGUCAAACCUCCAUGACCUUUUAGACUAAAUUGAAGGGAAAUACAUCACUUCAUUUGCUGAAUUCUAAUAUAUACCUAAAUAUUUAUUUUACACUAGUCAACAAUAACAUCUUUCAUACUAAUUGGUAAACUUAAAAUAGUUAAUGAUUUCUGUAUGGCUGUAUGUUUGAUUUGUAUUUUGUAUUAAUAUUAAUUUUAUAUAUACAAUCUACGUAAAAAGGUAUUUUAGUGUACAAAUGUGUAAUUUUGCAAAAUCACUUGAACUUAUUUUAAUAUAUUUUGGUGUAUUUUUUUUUUAUCUCAUCAGUGUUCCAACAUAGUUGUCUAAGUUCUAUGAAUUAAAUAUUAUUAUAAUGAUUUCCAGUUAUGAGCUCCAUGUUUGUUAAUUGUUUAAACAUCUAAAACAAAUUUUUAAWUUAUCCUAAUGCACAGAAUAUAUUAAUUUAUUUUAUAUGAUUAUAAAUGAUUUUUGGUAUGUCCUUAUAUUCCACCAUACAUUAUUUUUAAUAAUUUAACCACAACAUCUUUUCUCUUGGAUUUAUUUAGUGUUAUCUAUUCAAUCCUAAACAAUAAAAUAUUAAAUCUAGAUGUUUAAACAACAACAUAAUAGUUAUUUCCUGUGAACAUUUUUAUGUUUGUGACUUCACUAAUUGGAAACGCAUUGAGCGAUUUAUUAUUUUUAAAUUUUCAUACUUAAAAAUUAACUUCUCAAUUUGAUUGUGUAAAUGUUUGGUUUAAAUAAAUGUUUAUUUUCUAAGUCAGUGGCAAUUGUAAACAAAAAUGUUUACAUUGAGCUACAAGAAUGAGUAUAUUAUUACCAUCAGUUUAACUUAUAAAUGUGGUUUGUGUUAAAUUGAAAUUAUUUUUAUUACUAUUAUUUUACUAGUAUGGCAAUAUGUUAGUUGUUUUUGAAGAAAAACGUAUCUGUGAUCUUUCCUAAUCCAUUCUUUAAUUUUUACCAAAAUCCAAAAUUUGAUACAUAAUUUUCCUAUUUGUAUAAAACGCAUAAUUUGUACUGCAGGGUCGUCCAAAUUUUGUUCCACGUAACUUGGUGGGGACUUCCAUAUUAUAAAGUAUUUAGGUUCUCAAUCCCUGCCAAUUUCGUAAUCCGAUAUUUGAACGAUGCCUCAGUAUUAUACGUAUAUAUUAUUAUAUAGGUACAAUAAGUAGGUAGGUACAUUUAAUGUUAUAUAUAACAUAUAUUA